ACUGGGAGGUUUCAACCAACCAGCAUGGCAGUGGAAGGACAAAUUCCUGAACUGGUAACAAGUAUUAACUUGAUAGCAGCUGUUGCUUCUCUCUUUCACUUUCUCAUUUUAAAACGAUAGCAGGCGUUGGUUCUCUCUCUCAUUUUCAUUUUAAAACUCAUAGCUAUUUCUACUAUGGUACGUAGCCGAUGUAGCAGUACUUUUUUUCGUGUGGUGUGCAAGAUUUUUCCCACAAUCUCAUUACUUGCCUCCCUGUUCUGAUUGGCACAUCCCACUCGUGAAAUUCUUCACCCUACAUAGCUGUCAUUUCUACGUACAAUUGGAAUUGAGUUUCCAUGCUCUUACUGGUUUUUGUAGUAUUUUCCGUCCAGAGAGACUUUUAUCCAAAAGGUCAAGGGGCAAAUAAGCACCAGAGUUUAACUUAACUGCCUUUUCACUCAUGUCCACUUCAUUAAAAUUAGCUUGAAUUAAAAUUCAAGACUGAAUUAAAACUGAAAAAAGUCCUUCUGCAGUACCUUGCAUGUAGAAUUUGAAAGCGUAAGUGAGCUUUUGCAUUCCAAGUAACAAGAAUAUUCGGUGAUCCCUAUUUUAAUGAUGGAGAAGCAGAGCUUCCUCACAGUUUCACAGGAGUGCUGGCAAAACCAGGGAUGGGUGUCAUCAUUUUGAUCUUUACCACAGGCAUGUAUUGCUUACGAGAUUAUAUUCUUAUGCUGGCUCUUGAGUUCUGCAUGUCUUACCGCUCAAUGCUGUUCUCAUUGCUAAGAUGAGCUGUUUUUCAGCCUACUUCAUAACCAUAUUUGCCUUAGCUCCCUCCUUUUGUUGUGUUCUUAUCGUGCAAAUGGUGUAAGUCCUCACUUUUGUGUUGCAGUAUUCCGUCUCAUUUGAGCUUUCGAUGAUUACUUGCAUUGUGCACCAGGAAAGUGUAGGCACAAGGAGCUAUGUGGUCUCCAUACUGUGGCUGCCUCCGCUUACUGACAUCUCUUGCUAGGCAGCUUUCCUGGCUGAAAACUUUCCUGACUGAAGUUUUGAUUCUCACAUAAUACACUUGUAGUUUAUUGUGCUGUCUUCUGAUUGUGAUGGAACAUGAACAACUGUAUGAAGUUCUAAAAUGGGCUUUUUCUUUUCCAUGCAAUUUUCAUUGGAUCUUUACCCAGCUGGAAUUCACUGCAACUGGUUCUUCCAACACAGACACAGGCAAGGCUUCGGGCAGUCUAGAGACCAAAUACAAGAUGAAAGAUUGUGGGCUUACAUUCACCCAGAAGUGGAACACAGAUAAUACAUUGGGAACAGAGGUUUCUGUGGAGGAUCAGUUGGCUGAAGGAUUGAAGGUGGCUCUUGAGACUACAUUUGUACCAAACACAGGGAAGAAGAGUGGAAAGUUGAAGACCUCCUACAAAAGAGAAUAUGUACAUCUAGGCUGCAACAUAGACAUUGAUCUCUCUGGACCAACCAUUUAUGGUUGGACAGUGUUGGGCUAUGAAGGCUGGCUGGCUGGCUACCAGAUGGCUUUUGAUACAGCCAAGUCAAAGCUUUCACAGAAUAACUUUGCCUUGGGAUAUAAGGCAGGAGACUUUCAGCUGCACACUAAUGUGAAUGAUGGCACUGAGUUUGGUGGGUCUAUUUAUCAGAAGGUUAAUGAUAAGAUGGAGACAUCUGUCAAUCUCGCAUGGACUGCUGGCAGUAACAACACACGUUUUGGUAUUGCUGCAAAGUACCAGCUGGAUGAGAACACUUCCUGUGUGGCUAAAGUGAACAAUGCCAGCCUCAUUGGAAUUGGUUACACCCAUGCCCUCCGACCUGGUGUAAAGCUGACCCUCUCAGGCUUGAUUGAUGCCAAGAAUUUCAGUGCUGGAGGUCACAAAAUUGGGCUGGGAUUUGAGGUGGAAGCUUAACACAGCUUUAAGAAAAAAACAACUGGUGGUGCUCUGGAAGAUGAACGAGAAGUGUACCUGGUGCAUUUCAGCCUUAAUAUUACUCUGAAAUUUGAAGAAGCGUGAACUUUCUACUCUUCCCAAGAAUGACUUAACCCGAUGCUGAAGUCCAGAGAGUGCCAGCACAACAAAGGAAGACAACUGAAGGCAUGCAUGGAAGUUGUGAUGUUUGUGCCACAUUUCAGUUUCCUGUAUUUUAAAUCUGUUCCAGAAAAAAAAAAAAAAAAAAAAAAACAACCCCA